AUGACUUUAGGGGACAUCACACAGAAGGGAUAUGAAAAGAAAAGGUCUAAACUCCUGUCUCCAUACAGCCCGCAGGCACAAGAAACUGAUUCAGCAGUACAUAAAGAACAUAGAAACCAGACACCUGCUCCAGCUGCAGCUCAAACUUCGGCUCCCUCUAAGUACCACCGAAGUCGAUCUGGAGGAGCCAGGGAUGAACGAUACCGAUCAGAUAUCCACACUGAAGCAGUUCAAGCUGCACUGGCAAAGCAUAAAGAACAAAAAAUGGCUCUGCCCAUGCCCACCAAAAGAAGGUCCACAUUCAUCCAGUCUCCUGCAGAUGCCUGCACACCUCCUGACACGUCUUCGGCCUCUGAAGAUGAGGGCUCUCUGAGACGCCAAGCUGCGCUCUCUGCUGCCUUGCAACAGAGCUUACAGAACGCUGAGUCCUGGAUCAACCGUUCAAUUCAGGGAUCGUCCACCUCUUCCUCCGCAUCUUCUACGCUGUCCCAUGGAGAGGUCAAAGGAACCAGUGGGUCUCUAGCUGAUGUAUUUGCCAAUACUCGAAUAGAGAAUUUCUCUGCUCCCCCUGAUGUCACUACAACUACCUCUUCAUCGUCUUCCAUACGCCCAGCAAAUAUUGACCUGCCCCCCUCUGGAAUAGUUAAAGGCAUGCACAAAGGAUCCAACAGGUCCAGCCUUAUGGAUACAGCUGAUGGUGUUCCUGUUAAUAGCAGAGUAUCCACAAAAAUCCAGCAGCUUCUCAAUACUCUGAAACGACCCAAAAGGCCUCCAUUAAAGGAAUUUUUUGUAGAUGACUCUGAAGAAAUUGUGGAAGUACCUCAGCCAGACCCCAACCAGCCCAAGCCGGAGGGGCGACAGAUGACACCUGUGAAAGGAGAGCCCCUGGGUGUCAUCUGUAACUGGCCACCUGCUCUAGAAUCUGCCCUGCAGCGCUGGGGCUCCACUCAAGCCAAGUGCCCCUGUCUGACUGCACUAGAUGUGACAGGGAAGCCUGUUUACACGCUCACAUAUGGAAAGUUGUGGAGCAGAAGUUUAAAGUUGGCCUACACACUGCUUAAUAAACUGGGGACCAAAAAUGAACCUGUGUUAAAACCAGGAGACAGGGUAGCCCUGGUUUACCCCAACAAUGAUCCAGUCAUGUUUAUGGUAGCUUUCUAUGGAUGUCUCCUCGCAGAAGUGAUUCCAGUGCCUAUAGAGGUACCACUUACCAGAAAGGAUGCCGGAGGUCAACAGAUUGGCUUCUUACUAGGAAGCUGUGGUAUUGCCUUAGCUCUUACCAGUGAAGUUUGUCUAAAGGGACUGCCAAAAACCCAGAAUGGAGAAAUUGUACAGUUUAAAGGUUGGCCCCGGCUCAAGUGGGUUGUGACAGAUUCCAAGUACCUGUCCAAGCCACCUAAAGACUGGCAGCCCCACAUAUCACCAGCUGGUACAGAACCAGCAUACAUUGAGUAUAAAACCAGCAAAGAAGGGAGUGUAAUGGGAGUUACAGUGUCCCGGCUUGCAAUGUUGUCUCACUGCCAAGCUCUGUCGCAGGCCUGCAAUUAUUCUGAAGGAGAAACAGUAGUAAAUGUUUUAGACUUUAAGAAGGACGCUGGACUAUGGCACAGCAUGUUUUCGAAUGUAAUGAAUAAGAUGCAUACAGUUUGUGUGCCCUACUCUGUUAUGAAGACCUGUCCUCUCUCUUGGGUCCAGAGAGUACAUGCACACAAAGCCAAAGUAGCUUUAGUAAAAUGUCGAGACUUGCACUGGGCUAUGAUGGCACAUCGGGACCAGAGGGAUGUGAGCCUGAGUUCUCUUCGAAUGCUAAUUGUGACUGAUGGAGCUAAUCCCUGGUCUGUGUCAUCGUGUGAUGCCUUCCUGAGUCUGUUCCAAAGCCAUGGACUGAAACCUGAGGCCAUCUGUCCCUGUGCGACAUCUGCUGAAGCCAUGACUGUAGCAAUCCGAAGGCCUGGAGUUCCAGGGGCUCCUCUGCCAGGAAGAGCCAUUCUCUCAAUGAAUGGGUUGAGCUAUGGGGUAAUACGGGUCAAUACUGAGGAUAAAAAUUCAGCGCUGACUGUCCAGGAUGUAGGGCAUGUAAUGCCUGGGGGGAUGAUGUGCAUUGUGAAGCCAGAUGGACCUCCCCAGCUCUGCAAAACGGAUGAAAUUGGAGAAAUCUGUGUUAGCUCCAGAACUGGAGGCAUGAUGUACUUUGGGCUUGCUGGUGUGACGAAAAACACAUUUGAGGUGAUUCCAGUGAAUUCUGCAGGCUCUCCUGUUGGAGAUGUGCCAUUCAUCCGGUCAGGAUUGUUGGGAUUUGUAGGCCCAGGCAGCUUGGUGUUCGUCAUUGGAAAAAUGGAUGGAUUACUAAUGGUUAGUGGUCGAAGACAUAAUGCUGAUGAUAUUGUUGCCACUGGACUGGCUGUGGAGUCAAUAAAGACUGUCUACAGAGGACGAAUUGCUGUGUUUUCUGUGUCUGUAUUUUAUGACGAGCGCAUCGUGGUAGUUGCAGAGCAAAGACCUGACGCCUCCGAGGAAGACAGCUUCCAGUGGAUGAGCCGCGUGCUGCAGGCAAUUGAUAGCAUUCAUCAAGUGGGGGUCUAUUGUCUUGCUCUGGUACCUGCCAAUACAUUGCCAAAAACGCCACUAGGAGGGAUCCAUAUAUCUCAGACCAAACAGCUCUUUUUGGAGGGAUCUCUACAUCCUUGCAACAUACUUAUGUGCCCACAUACGUGUGUGACGAAUUUGCCAAAGCCCCGGCAAAAGCAACCAGGUGUUGGUCCUGCUUCUGUGAUGGUUGGGAAUCUGGUUGCUGGAAAACGCAUAGCACAAGCUGCAGGAAGGGAUCUGGGCCAAAUUGAAGAAAAUGAUUUAGUGAGGAAGCACCAGUUUCUGGCAGAGAUUCUGCAGUGGCGAGCCCAGGCAACUCCUGACCAUGUCCUCUUCAUGCUAUUAAAUGCCAAGUCUCCUGUUGUGUCCCUACUGUCUUGUGAACACCUUGGAAGCGGCUCCUGUUCUGUGGCUUCCCAGAUGUACCGCUGCUCUGGACCCCGCUAUCCAGGUCCUUGCCACUGGCGUGUGCCACCACGCCCAACCUCUUCUGCUGGCAUCGAGUUGAUUGCUGCAUUCUAUGGCUGCCUGUAUGCAGGAUGUAUACCUGUGACCGUCAGACCUCCUCAUGCCCAGAACCUGACUGCCACGUUGCCUACUGUCCGCAUGAUUGUUGAUGUCAGCAAAGCAGCCUGCAUUCUUACCACCCAGACCCUAAUGAGGUUACUAAGGUCCCGGGAGGCAGCCGCAGCCGUGGAUGUGAAAACCUGGCCGACCAUCAUUGAUACAGAUGAUUUACCCAGGAAAAGGUUAUCUCAGCUAUAUAAACCACCCACUCCUGAGAUGUUGGCAUAUCUUGAUUUCAGUGUCUCCACAACUGGCAUGCUUACAGGAGUGAAGAUGUCCCACUCUGCAGUUAACGCUCUCUGUAGAGCCAUUAAGCUCCAGUGUGAGUUGUAUUCUUCUCGGCAGAUCGCCAUCUGCCUUGACCCUUACUGCGGGCUUGGCUUCGCACUCUGGUGUCUCUGCAGUGUCUAUUCCGGUCAUCAGUCCAUCUUAAUUCCUCCUAUGGAGUUAGAAAACAACCUUUUCCUCUGGCUUGCCACAGUCAACCAGUACAAAAUAAGGGAUACCUUCUGCUCCUAUUCUGUAAUGGAGCUUUGCACUAAAGGGCUGGGAAACCAAGUGGAGGUGCUAAGGACCAGAGGGAUCAACCUCUCCUGCAUCCGGACCUGUGUGGUGGUGGCAGAGGAGCGGCCCCGCAUCACCCUCCAGCAGUCCUUCUCCAAGCUCUUUAAAGACAUUGGUCUGUCCCCUCGGGCUGUCAGCACCACUUUUGGAUCCAGAGUCAAUGUAGCAAUAUGUUUACAGGGAACCUCAGGGCCUGAUCCCACUACUGUGUACGUUGAUCUGAAGUCAUUAAGACAUGACAGGGUUCGUCUUGUGGAGCGAGGAGCCCCCCAGAGUCUGCUGCUGUCGGAGUCUGGAAAGAUUUUGCCUGGAGUGAAAGUGGUUAUUGUUAAUCCUGAGACCAAAGGGCCUGUUGGAGACUCUCACCUGGGUGAGAUCUGGGUGAACAGUCCCCAUACAGCCAGUGGCUACUAUACCAUCUACGACAGUGAGACUCUUCAAGCUGAUCAUUUCAACACUCGCCUCAGCUUUGGGGAUGCUGCUCAGACACUCUGGGCUCGAACAGGAUACCUCGGGUUUGUCCGCAGGACUGAGCUCACAGCAGCCACCGGAGAGCGUCACGACGCGCUGUAUGUGGUGGGAGCUUUGGAUGAGACAUUGGAGCUGAGAGGAUUACGAUACCACCCCAUCGACAUUGAGACUUCAGUGUCUAGGAUCCAUAGGAGCAUUGCUGAAUGUGCUGUGUUCACGUGGACCAACUUGCUUGUGGUGGUUGUGGAACUAUGCGGCUCUGAACAGGAAGCCCUGGAUCUGGUUCCUUUAGUGACCAACGUAGUCCUGGAAGAGCAUUACCUCAUCGUUGGUGUUGUGGUUGUGGUGGACCCAGGUGUCAUCCCAAUCAACUCCCGGGGAGAGAAGCAGAGGAUGCACCUCCGGGACAGCUUCCUAGCUGACCAGUUAGACCCCAUCUACGUGGCUUACAACAUGUAGCCGGCCUUGCGGACACCGUCCUGAGGUUCACAGAGACUGAAGACCCAUGGCAAGGAGCAGGCUUUUAGAUGAUGGGAAGUAUGCUGAGCUGGCUACAUGACAUCCUUCAUCUCAUUUUGUGGGAUUCUGCAAUGAAAUAGCGCUCAAGAAAGGGGAAAUCUGCGGUCGCAAAUGAGAAAAAUGUUAACAGUCUGUUAGACCUGAGCUUCAGCGUAGCGUUACUAAAGCAGUUACUUGCAUGUGGCAUUUUUUUUUCAUCUGGUGUACAUAUUUGUAUUUUUAUCUAAUGCCAUUUUAGAAUUUUGUAAGGGAGUUUAAUGAAUUCACAUGAAGAGGUAGCCUGAGUUACACAGAUUCCCCACUCUGUACUGUAUUUUGCCACUUUCCCAUAGCUAGAUAUUCUGUGGGUUUCCUUAACAUGAAACUACUCAGCUUACUUUCAGUCAGCCCAUGAGCAAAAUUGAUAACCCACUGAAUAUGCAAAUUACUUUAUAUAUAUAUAUAAUUCUUGACUGUAAAACAUUUUGACCGGUGUUUCGGACAUGUAAAUACACAUAAUUCAGCUACAGAAUUGAAAUUGGCUUAUAUAAUUACAACAGAGUGGAAACUUUUCUACUGUGAGAGAAUUUCAUCAUUCUCUUAAUGCAGUGUAAUUGAUUGAUUAGAUAACUAAAAAGUGCACAUUGUCAGCAGAUUUUGCUGCACAUUGUUUUGUCUUUGUUGGCCGGUGUAUUUCAUAAAGUAAAGCUGCCUAUAUUUGUUUUUAAAGCUUGCAUUCCUGGAAUCAGCUUAAGCCUCUAAAAUUUAUCCUGUUUCUACGAAAUGAAAAUCUGAAGUUAAAAAUCACAUGUUAAGAAAAAGGUAAGGUGCAUUAGAUCUCACCCUAUCCUAAGGAACCACAAAAGCUUGCUCUAGUCCUGUCUUUGAAACUGUCUUUCACAUUUAGUGACUGUGACUAUAGAGAAUUUAGAAUUUCCUCUUUCCUGUACUUUGUAAACUGCAUCUACAGUUUAUACAUAGAGCUUGUCUUUUAUUGAAAACUGAGGAGUGCCCCCCUCCCUCAGGUGGUGAGGGCAGGGAGCUCUCAGGCAAGAGUGAUAGGCUGUAAAGUGGUGUCGGCCCUCACGUGGGACUGUAAGGCCAAAUAACUGCACACCUCGAAACUGCCUGGUGGGGUUGCCCAAAUAGCCAGGCUCAUACUGAAACAGGGAAGUCUGACGUCUGAAGAAACUGUUGGAAUAAUUGGUGCCUAGGUCAAGCACACUAAGUGUGGACUGAAUUUGGCCUCGGGCUCAGUUUCCUUUCUUCGAUCUGAUACUUCAUGUAUUUGAAUAUAAUUAAAUUUUAUUAUUUUUUUCUUACAGAAAUAUUUUUAAAAAUUAAAACCUCAAAAGUGAAAAGAAUUAACUUGUUAAAUCAGAAUGGUUUUCUUUGGCCCAUUCUGAUUGAUCUAUUAUGUAAAUAUUUAUUUAGACUAUUUUAAUAAUACAUAUUAUUUACCCCGCUGUAACAUCGUGUAAACUAAAUGUGUUUUUAAACAAUUUGUAAGACUUGUAAUUACCCUGAAAAUAAGGUUUAUAAAGCAAAGACCAGACCCGUCAGGAGGCAGUGCUCCGGGGCUGCCUUUGCACAGCUUUGUGGAUCAGAUCCACUUUCUCACUUCUUUUCACGUCGUCCUUUUUUCUUCCUAGCUCAUACUCCACAUUGGGAAGACCUUGAGAUACUUCCAGUUCAGAUCUCUUUUUUAACAUUUUGGAUGGAAUUAAUUUACACAUGAUGGAGGAGGUUCUAGGAUGUACAGAAAAAAGCAAAUGAAAUCCCAGUCUCUAGCAAUGGUCUGGUUGCAGAGAAAACAACCCACUUAUUUGGGAAGUAAUGUUAGUAAAACAGCUUUUAGUAAUUCACUAACCAAAGCAGUGGAACCUGAGUAUUAGUUUUAUCUCCAUAAUCCCCAAUUUCUAAGAAAAAAAUUAUAGGCAGCUUCAGUCCUAUAAGUUAGGUCAUCAGUACCUAGGGACUCAUUGUCCACUAUAAAUGUAAUAAUGUGAACCUCACCUGUAAUUUUAAAAUUAUAGUAACCACAUUUAAAAACUGAAGAAAAAGGUUAUAUCGAUUUUAAUAUAUUUAACCCAGCAUAUCAGAAAUACUGUUUCAAUGUGAAAUCAGUAUAAAAAUUAUUAAUGAGGUCUUUUCCAUUUUUUUGUGUUAACAGUAUAUUAAGCACAUCUCAAUUUGGAUUAGCUAGAUUUCAAAGUCUUCAGUAGUCACGUGGCUAAUGGCUAUCAUGUUGGACAGCACAGGCCUAUACACAUUCCUUCAGGUACAAUACUCAUCUCAGAGUGUGGCCAGCUCUCGUUACUUGGGGCUGAUUACCCAGCGUCCUUGUUCCUCAGGCCUCUAUCUUUAGUUUUUCCUUUCUGACUCACAGCUGCUUCGAUUUAUUUUUUAUAUGCCCCAAAGCCACUCUGUGCUAGUGGAAAAAGGUAAGCUGAGAGCUGUGUUUGGGGAGCCUUCUCAGAACUGGCAAAGAAUCUUUGGAGGGAGAGCAGAGUCCUCUCUCAGCCCUGAUGGUGUUUGUGGGUCAUAUGCAUAUUUAAGGUCUAUCUUUAGGCCUCUCUUAAGGUCUGUUAUAGACUUCAAUAAAAAUUUCUUUUUCUUUUGAUGACACAAUACUCUGCCCUUUCCUUAAGUAGAAGCUGUGUGGUAGAACUAUUUAAGCAUGCCUAAAAAGCCAUUAUUGGUAAACAAAAAACGCUGCAACAUUUCCAGUCCUCUAGAACAUACUCUGUGAGGGGUUUAGGCUAUAAAGGAAGGAGGGCAAUCAACGGCAAGCCCCCAUCUUGUUAGGAGGAAGAUUUUGGUCUGAAAAUUUUUCAACCUCUUUACAGUCCUCAGCACAAGUAAUUGAGGUAGAUCAAGAAAGGGCUUGGGCCGGGAUUUAGCUCAGUGGUUCCACCACCUGCCUUGCAAAUGCAAGGUCCCAAGUUCGAUCCCCUGUACCAAAGAGGGGCGCCGCUGUCUGAGGGAAAUUCCUAGGCCCUAGAGAUUCUUAGAGCUACACAAACUCCAUCUUGUUCCUCAUUGAGACCCUGGAAUGCCCAUCUUGCUAAUUUCCAUUAGCGAAUCCACAAUUGGUUAUUGUUGCUGUUGUUGUUUAGUACAAGGGAUUGAACUCGGGCCCUUGCACUUGUGAGGCAGGUGGUGGUGCAGAUUGUUUUUUGUUAUGGCGGUGGGGGUGUCCUGGAGAUUGAACCCAGAGCCUUUGCAUUAAACUGCAUCCCCAGCCUUUUUUUAUUUUUUGAGACAAGGUCUCACUAAAGUGCCCAGGCUGGCUUCAAACUUACGAUCUUCUUGGCCUCAGCCACUUGAGUGUCUGGGAUUACAGGCAGAGACACUGUGGCUGGUUUCCUCACUCUUUAAUUCUUGCCACAUAAAGGGCCCAUUUCUCCCCAGUAAACCUAAAUUCCUUCCUUCUGCAGUUGUGUUGCCUCAGGCUGUUUUGGGACCAUCACUAGUCUAGUUUUUUUGUUGUUUUUUUUUGUUUGGUUGGGUUUUUUUUUUGAGACAGGGUCUCACUAUGU